CAUAAAGUUGUAGAGAUUGAAAAAUAAUCUACCCAUCUCAAAAACCAAAAAAGAAAAGGAACUUUACAAUAUGGGGCAUGUGCAUCCUGCAAGCGCAGGACAAAUACCUCACUGAGGUUGAAACAGGAACGACCCUUCCAAGGAACAUCACAAAGAAGGCUGUUUAUAAUUUUCUAAGAGAAUGUCUACCUUCAAAUAAUCAAGACAUAAUUAAUGAAGAACACGGGAAAUCCUUCCCACGGAAUAAUUGUGAGGUGCAGCAUUCAGACGUCCUGGGGCUGGACGAUGAAAAUGCAGAGUAUGGAGUUAAGAAAAAACGUCAAAGUUCCUCAAGAAAAAGUCAAGCGAGGAAACAACCUUCAGCAAUACCGUGCUCUGAUCGAAACCGCGAGAGAAAGCAAAUACUCACGAUACAGCAGCCAGAGGACGUGAAUGGGAUUGAUGAAAGUGAAACCAAUCAUGAUUGGGAUGUCUUGGAAUAUCUGUUGCUGGCUGGUCAUGGGCCAAGUUGUCCUUAUUUGUAAAAUGUUUAAUAUCGAUAAAAAUAUUGUAG